GAGGUCCAUAAAAAGAGACAACAAGUAAGAGGGAGGGAUAAGUGGAUGUCUGUACACUUUGUCGAAGGAGUAAGAAGAAGAUUCAGGAGACACUGGAGAAACUCCAAAUCUGUUUGAAAAGAGGGCAGAGGAGUGCAGCAGAGAGAAAGAGGCAAGAUGUUUAGCUGCCAGGGAGGCGGGUUGAGGGUACGGUCCUGGUUUACUCUGACAUCUGGGUUAGUGGAGUGUUUGGGGUUCGCAGGGGCUGUUUUUGGCUGGGCAUCAUUGGUUUUUGUGCUCAAGACCGAAGGCUACUUCAAAAGUCUAUGUGUGAAUACCACAAUAAAUGGAACUGCUGUUGAAGAUUGCAGUAGACAGGAUGAGCAGCUCUCACUCAUUUUCACCAUCGCAUCCUUCAUGAACAACUUCCUCACGCUGCCAAAUGGGUUCCUCUUUGACCACUUUGGUACCACAGUUGCCAGGCUACUGGGAAUAUCGGUUUACACUGCAGGAAUGUUGUUAAUAGCCUUUUCCAGUCCUGUGAACUCCGUCCUCCUCUUCCCUGCUCUGUCUUUCAUUGCUGUGGGAGGAAUUCUGUUCUUGGUGACCAACAUACAGGUGGGGAAUCUCUUUGGCACACACCGGUCCACUAUAAUCACUCUGUAUAAUGGAGCCUUUGACUCUUCCUCUGCAGUUUUCCUCAUCAUCAAGUUGCUGUAUGAGUAUGGAGUCUCUCUGCGAGGGUCUUUCCUUUUCUUGGCCUGCUGCAGUGUCAUUCAUCUGUUCCGGACAUUUGUGCUAAUGCCUCGUACACAUAUCCCAUACCCGCUUCCGGAGAACUACACUUAUGGGAUGAACUGUGGAGGGACUCGGGAUCAUGCAGUUGCAAAGGUCGAAGAGAAAAACAUCCAAACUUCCCAGUCUGAGGAGGAAAUGCCAUUUAAGGAGACUUCUCCUCAAGGCCAAAACACAGACAAAAUUGAGCGUAGUUUCAAGAGCUGUUUGCUUUCCUGGUUCUUCUUGUGGCAUCUGCUGUGGCUUUCAGUGAUGCAGUUGAGACACUACUUGUUCAUCGGGACCUUAAACCCAAUGCUGAAUCAUCUGGCUGCUGGAGACCCAGGCCUCGUCAGUAGAUACACAAAUGCGUUUGCAUUUACUCAGCUGUGUGGGAUCCUGUGUGCCCCCUGGAACGGCCUCAUCAUGGACCGCCACAAAGGAAAGCAGCGAGAACCAGGACAAAGUGAACAAGAGACAGACUUGAAGGCAGCCAUAGUGUCUCUGUCGCUGACGGCGCUGCAGUGUGUGCUGUUUUCAGUGUGUGCCGCCAUCCCCCUCCUUCCUCUGCAGUACCUCACCUUCAUCCUGCAAGUCCUCAACAGAUCCUUCCUGUAUGGAGGAAAUGCUGCUUUCAUCAGUGUGGCGUUUCCAUCUGUACACUUCGGGAAGCUAUUUGGAAUGGUGAUGGCUCUCUCAGCUGUGGUCUCGCUGCUGCAGUAUCCCUGCUUCACCCUCAUUAAAGGACCACUGGGUGGAGACCCUUUUUAUGUGAACAUCGGUCUGACCGUUCUGAGUCUCCUGGCCUUUAUCAACCCUCUUUAUGUUUACCUGCAUUGUAGACGUCAAGCAGCCCACCGACCCAGUUCCAACAAAAGUGCCUCUUCAUAAACCCUCUAGGCAAAGGGCAUAUCAACCUGACCUAUGACUUUUAAAACUGGUUUCUAUUUCUUAUUAGUUUUUCUUUACAAAACUACACAAAGAUGUAUGGUGGAAAGAAAUAUUUUACUAACCUUUCAGUGCCCUGUUUUGCAGAGGUUGACUCUUGACCCUGUGAUGGUAUGCAUUGUGUUAUCUCUGCUGAUCAUAGCAGGCAGGAAAUUGACUACUUCCCCACACUCUUUACUAUUUUUUAUGCACAUUAGUUGCUGGAUCUUGCAAUAAGGAGCAAGCCUUGUGACCAUCAACAUUACACUAAGAAAAUAUCAGAUGAAAAAUGAAGGCACUGGUUAUCUUCCACCAUCCAGUGUACAACUUAAUAGACAACUGUUGAAAAGGAAACAAGUUUUUUAUUGCAAAAAAAAAAAAAAAAAAAAAAAAAAAAAAAAAAUAGGGUGGUUGUAGGAGCCCUCUGCUGGACAUUGUGUGAAACACGUCCUCCUCGGUGCUUCUAAUGAAGUCUGCUGUCUAUAAGAUCUCUUUUACAAAUAUAUCAGUAUUACUCCAAAUAAAGGGAAUUUUUAUAAGAAGUUUAGUGAAAUUGACUGAAUUUGUUACUGUUAUAAUGUUUGUUCAUAACUUCUUGAAAAUCUUGUCAGAACAUGUAAACGUCCUGAAACAUUGCUUCCUGUGAGUUCUUAACGUGCCAUUAACCAAUCGGUGUUGUCAUGAUGUCAUUGUCCUGUAACUUCAGUUUGAUUAGUCACAUGCCAUUUAUGGAACAGUAACUGUUUAAAUAAGUAAAUAAAUAAACGACUGCACUUUAACUAUGGUUCUAUGUAAAGGGGCUGUUACAGGUUGCCAAAAAGUGAAGAAAAAUACAAAUUAGUAGUCCAGACAUGGCAUUAAAAGCUUUGCGAAUCAAAACUUGUUAUAUUUGUUACAGAUGUAAAACACAAUGGGCACCAGCAGAUGGCGCACAAGGUGGUGUUUUUGUACACUAUAAAGCUUUGCACCCAAAUAAAUACACAUGCUAAAUAAAGUUUUUAAAAAAUA